AUGGUGGAAUAUAACGCAAAGUACCCUGCGGUUCUAUAUUCUAGCUUUGCGGUAUUUGGAAUUUUUGGCAACUUGAAUAUCAUUGCGGCAACCGUAAGGAGAAGGUAGGAAGUGUGUGAUGAAUAAUCGAAUAUUAGUCUGUCGGGAAAAUAAUGAGCAGAAUGUCGCUGCGGCGGUAACGUCGCUCAAGUGAAAAGCAAUUUGAUUUUGCCGCGACACAAUCAUUUACUCGACGAUGACAUGAUUUUUGAUGCCAUAGUGCGCUCAUUAUUUUCCCGACAGACUACUAACUACAGUGACGCUAGUUAGCAGUCUGUUUUGAUCCAUGGCAAAAAACGUACCAUCUCCCAUCCGGGAUGUAUUAGAAAACGUAGCAAAAUGUCUCCCUCGCCAACUAAAAAGACCUCUGUUUUGAAGGGCUCUUUUAGUCGACUGUUUUGCAAUUCAUACUUCAAAUCCGACACUCAUCGAAAUUUUAGAUCGCUCCGAACAACCUGCAACCAACUAAUUGCUAUUGCUGCCUUUUUCGACUUGAUCCAUGUGUCCAGUCAUCCUGUCAUGACUUACUUUGUGUUCUCCGGUAACUAUCCGACACUGGAAAGUUGCUUUUACAUCCAGCAAAUCCCAAUGAUUGGUUGUAAUGCUGGGGAAAUUCUAAUGUUUCUCACGAGUCUAGACAGACUCUAUUGUGUCGCAAAACCUGUUGCGUAAGUUUAGAAGUCAAUAGCAGAUGGGAACUACAAUGUAGUUGUAAAAACAACCUAGUUCUUUCUACUCUACAACUGCGACCUUUUGUUUAGCUGUGCCGUCCAAUUUCAGCUACCAGCGGCUCUCCGCGGCCGUCGAACUAACCGUCUGUCUCAUUGUCGCCCUUCUUUUUUCCGGUUGGCUAAAUUAUGAAGCCUACCUUAGCCUGCAACCCAUCAAAGAGAAGCUGACUCUCUGCAGCGUUGCUGCGAGCUUCACCGGCUCAGCCUUAGACGCGUUUGCGGGUUCAAACUGUAUUCUAAAUCUGGCUACUAUGUUGAAUUACGCUGGGAUUUGGAUAAUCGUCAAAAGGGUUACAAAAAAACAGGCGUCCAGCAUGUUGCGAUCCAUUGCGGCGGUAACAUGUUGCGUUGUUGGCGGUUGGCUGCUGUCAUUCUCAAGCUUUGCCGUUGGUGUCGCGAGUGGAAUGAAAAUCACCGAUGAGCUUGUAUUGUACCUUGGACUGCCGCUCAACCUGUCGGUCUCGUUGAACUAUCCGAUAUACUUUGCAAUGAGGUAAGGGUCAAUGUCAUUGGGUCUGGGCAAGCAUGGCUAGCGGUUCUGCUGGGGAGAAGACAAAGGUUUUGCUUUACACUUCUAAUUUGUUGCUUUUUGCACUGUGAAAUAGGCUUUUUUUGCUGUCGCUCGCACCCUGACUCUUUUCGCACAGUGCAAGCGCCAAAAGUCAGCCCGGCGGCUUUCCAGAGGGGCUAGUAAGCCGUGACUUUUCAAAUUUUUUCAUUUUUCACCGUUAAGUCGACCGAAUUUUUUGGAUUUGCACAAAUGAAUCUGAACCGGUUCCUGACUGGCCCCAAAACCAUGUGUCUCUUACCUCUGCCGCAUUUCGUAUUUUUGCCGUUAGCGGUUUGAGAUUUUUAAAGUUGGUUACAAUAAGCGAGACCUACGUUUCGGGCCGUUGGAUGAGACCGGCGAGACACUACUUUUGGGCCGAUAGCCAUGUCUGCGACUAGGAAUUCGUCUUAAUCAACAUAACCUUACAUGUUUUAGUAGUCAAUAUCGCCUUGCGUUUAAGCAGCAGCUCAACAUUCUCAGUAGAAACCGAGUAUGCAAAGACAGCAGCCCCACCUCAACAUUCUCAAAGGUUGUUAGCACUACUGCGAUAAAGACAAGAACAACACAAGUCGCGUCAAGGCAAGCUGUUGUUUAAUUCUUGUGUGUGUAAUGAAAAUGAGUUACAUAAACUUUGAACCAAACUUUUCGCGAAACGUUUCUUUGCCGCAAUGUGGCCAGUAUCAAUGGGAUUGUAAUGUUGGUGUAUUUCUUUAAUGUGUUCCAACUUCUCAGCGUUUCAUUCGGUUUUCCGGUUGACAGUAUGGCGGAAACCUCGUUUCAGCGACGAAAAGAAGUUCGUAUUUUACAUGAAAAUAUUCUAUGUAUCAAGGCAAAGUUCUUUCUUUGUCAAAAUAAUAACUGCAGUGGCCUUGCUUACUUUUUUAUGGUACUAGUCUGUUCAUAAAAUCGCUGAAGCGCAAUCUUUCGAUGCACAGAGAGAAAACCAAAAAAAAAGUGAAAUGCACGGUGCAGAAUAGGGAUUUUUGGGCACGGUGCGUACCGCGACAAAUGUCUAUGCACUUUAUUUAAAUCCUAUUAUAAGUGUGUCGGGGAAGCAAUGAGUCCAAUUUCGCUACGCUGACCGCGUCGCUGAAGUGAACCGAAAUUUGAUUUUGCUGCGAUACAAUUUUCUCUGCGGCGAUGCAAUUUGCGAUGCGACAGAGUUCUCAUUAUUUUCCCGACAGACUGAUAGAAAAUCUCUGCAUCCACCUCCUUUUCAUGUCGUAAGGUCCGACAACCCAGUAACGAGACAAGACAAGAGCUCAAGAGUCAAAUGAUUUAUUCAGUGGGAAGGGGCCUUUAAUAGCGAAGCCUCACGUAGGAAAGUGCAAUCAAAUUUGAAUAAAUGCAGAUCGAAAUCCUCGAAGCUCGGUCGUUCCGCCUCACAUUUGACAUACAACUACGAAUCACACAUGUUUUAAUGGGUGCACCAGGACCAUCAACGCCCAUUCGUCUGGCUCUCGGAAUAACAACUUGAACGAAAAUUGCUCACUUCGUUUUAAUUCCGAGAAAUUCUUUGAUUCAAUAACACCAACACCACCUUGGUUUAUAAGUGCAGUUCCACCUGGCCAUUUGACCACCACUUCUUUUGUUCAAAAAGUGCACGCUUUUUUGUGAAGCUCGUAAAAUGGACGACCUAAACCCCAAGUACCCAGCAAUUUUGUUGGCGACGUUUGCCGCCUUCGGCAUUUUCGGCAAUUUGAAUAUUCUUGCGGCCACUUUGAGGAGAAGGUAAGGAAGUCAUCUCGGAGUGUUGUAUUUUUUGCCUGUUUUUCUCUCAGUCUGUCCGGAAAAUAAUGAGCUUCUGUCGCAUCGAAAGUCGCAUCGCCGCCGAGAAAAUAAAUUGAGGUUUUCACUUCAGCGACGGGCGAAGCGACAUUGUGCUCACUGGUUUCCCGACAGACUGAUAAUCCUAGCGACAUAAAGCCUCACAUUUAUCAGUCUGUCGCAAAAAUAACGGCAGAUGGUGCAGCAAAAUGUCUCGCCUUGCCGCUAUCGCGCAACAAAUCUCCAGCCGCGGCUUGUCGUCGCAAAGCGAUGAUGAGCGAUUCCAAGGCGCGACGACCCGCCGUUAUUUUCCCGACAGACUGAUAUCGCGGAUGUCGCACGCGAAAAUUUGAGUGAGCUCGGGCGAAAGUGCCUGGCGAGCAAUCGCUACGGCUAAACAGGCAGUAAAGAAAAAACUCACUGUGAAAAAGUGUCAGGACUUUAUGUAGUGGAGAGUAGUUCGCCCGAAAGUCGUCUGCGACAUUCAAAACAAAACUUUUCUUUUCACUGUGCAAUUCUUUGCUUUUUGCAACGUGCAACUGGCUUUUUAAGAUGUCGGUCGCACCCUGACCUUUUUGCACAGUGCUUAUCGCCAAAACUCACUCCAGCGACUUUCCGGACCGAUUAGUACAUAGAUUUUGUCUUUUCAGCUCGCUCCGAACCACCUGCAACUGCCUCAUUGCGAUUGCUGCAGCCAUGGACAUUGCUCACGUCUUCAGUCAGCAUCUGAUGACAUUUUUCGUCUUCUCCGGAAAACACCCAACCUUGGAACGAUGCUUCGUCGUCCAGUUUCUGCCCAUGAUUGGAUGCAAUGCUGGGGAAAUAUUGAUGUUCCUGACCAGUUUGGAUCGACUGUAUUGCGUCGCGAAACCCAUUGCGUAAGUUGAAUUACGUAUGCUGAUGUUUGCCGUGUUUAUAUUAUAAAACUUUGGGUUCGAUGAAUUAAAGGAAAAAAGGCCAAAUUCGAUUUAAAACGGAUUUAAAAUUUGCUGGAAGUCAAUUAUGUUUUAAGGAAAUUAUGUGGGCUUUGAUUCUUUCACAAUUGUGUUCAGAGUUCUGCAACGUGUUUUACAACGAGUUCUAUAAAUGAUUUUGUUGCCCUAUUUGGCCAGAAAAGUCAUAAGCCAUAAAAAGUCAUAGGCACUGCAAGGUGGCUAUGCAUGACAAACAAAACAUGGCACUAAUAUCAGUUUGUUGGGAAAAUAAUGUGCACUCUGUUGCAUCGAAAAUCGCAUGGCCGCUGAAAAAAUUUGUUGUGUCGCGGGGAAAAUCAAGCUUCCUUUCACUUCAAUCGGUAGGUGAUGCGACAGAGUGCUCAUUAUUUCCCGACAGACUAAUAAUCUCUGCAGUUUUAUCGCGCGGCAUAAGUGGCAAUUGCCCUUUUUAGAAAAAUAUCUUUGCCUUGUCCAAAGCGCACAUUGCGACAGGACUUUCUCGCCGUGAAAAAUCUUUAUGGCCUACCUAAAUAGUAGUAUCAGUCUGUCGGGAAAAUAAUGGGUGUUUGUCACACCUUUUUGUCCAUCAUCGUUGCCCCGGCUUGAAAUUUGGUGCGCGGCGGCGAAGAGGCGAGACAUUUUUCUGCGACAAAUCCUCAUUAUUUUCCCAACAGACUGAUGGCAUCGGGCUGUCGGGAAAAUAAUGAAAACUAUGACGGUUCGCCGAUCGAAGUAAAAGGCAAUUUAAUUUUACCCCGACAAAGUUCAUUUUCUUUAUAUGCCACAGAGAGUCCAUUAUUUUCCCGAUUUUACUUAUACAUAGUACACAUUAACACACAGUAAAUGAGUGCAAACGUUGCAGAUACCAAAAGAUACCCAGAGCUGUUGAAGUCUCACUCUGUGCCGUCAUUUCCCUCGCCUUCUCCCUUUGGCUAAACCUCGAGGCCUACCAGAGUUUACAGCCCAUCAAAGAUCAGGACACACUUUGUAGUGUCGCCUCCAGUUUUACGGGCCGAGCGCAGAACUUAUUCACAGCUGCAAAUGGGGUUCUAAAUUUGCUCACACUGCUGAAUUAUUGCGCCAUUUGGAUUGUCGUGAAGCGGAUAACAAGACAAAGAUCUUCAAGUUUGUUGCGAUCCAUUGCGGCGGUUGCAUUUUGCGUUGUUGGAGGAUGGCUGUUAACAUUUGGAAUGCUGGCCGGCUGUGUGGUGUCUGGAAUGGACAUACAAGAGGCGCUACUUCUAUACCUCGGACUGCCCGUUAACUUGUCGGUAUCGUUGAAUUACCCCAUCUACUUUGUAAUGAGGUAAGCCUAUUUACUGGCAAUUUACAUAGAGCGCCGCCCGAGGCAAUUUGUUUUUCUUGCGUAAUAACACUAAUUUCAACGUUUUUUAGCACCCAAUAUCGGCAUGCUUUCAAGCAACAACUAAAGAUUCUGAGUUUCGGCAGAAUGUACAAGGACAUCGGCGCGGACUCCACAAACGUUGCAAGCGCGACAAAAACAACAAAAACGCAUCGGAUUGGGAACAAACAGCCAUUCAGUUCAACGGCAGGAUUGUAA